UGGCAUAAAUAUUAUAAUAUUAUAAAAUAGCAUAUUAUAAAAGAUGCAUGUAUAUUAGUAAACAUUUCUCAGACUGAACUAAACUUGGAUAGUUUUCAGAGGGAUAUGAAGAGAACAGAGGGGACUGACUAAGUUGUUUCAGUCUUGAGGUGAUUUAAGGUUUCAGAAUUAAAACCAGCUAAUAAUAUCUAUUAGUGCUGCUAAAAUGCUUUGUAAUUUGUAGUUUCCUUUAUGCAGAAGAAAAGUUCCAAGGCUUCACUAGAUGGUCCCUGUAGUCGUCUCUGGUUUUUAGAGACUAAGAGAGUUAUGUGUUCUAUUGUCAGCCUACAAGGGCAAAAAUUCAGGAGGAACAGUUAGUCUGUGUUCCUUUUUUUCUGCCUGGCUGGGUAAUGAUUUCUCAGGCUGGAGUUGUUCAAUCCUCGCAGUAUAAAUUUGAUUAAGUAAUGUCAACAUCCCAGGGAUGCAUAGAGAUUGUUGCAAAAGCUUAUGAACAUGCUGGGCUUUGUCACUUGUUGGGGUUUGGUUGGUUGGUUGGUUUUGGGUUUUUUUGACAGUUUUCUCUUGUAAAUGAGAAGUAGUUUAGUGCUGUUUGCUUGCCUUUUGCUGCAGGGCCUUGUGCCAGGACCUGUCAAUCCUGUCAACUCCUUCUCCAACUCCUUCUACCCUUUCUCCCCCAGUUCAUUCCUAUUCUGCCUCAUUCAGGUUUGUUUUCAGCCAGUUUGAGGCCUGAGUCUGAGGUGCUGCUGACAGUGGGGAGGAAAGAGGGGAGAAUGCACUGCAGUAGCUUGACUUAAGAAGCUCUAACUUCUCAUCCUUGGGAUAGUUUUAUGUUGCACUAAUUCCUGAAAGCAGAUAGUCCUUCCAAUUCCACCUGCCCAGCCCUGUUUACCCACAUCCUUCUCCUCUCCCCUGAAUCCCAUCUAACCUUUUUUGUAGGGCCCCAAGGAGUUGGUUGUUGAGUUCAUAGAAACAUUUUUAUUGAAAACCAUCAGCAGGAAGAAAUGUGGGGCAGAGGAUUGCUGGGAAUGGUAUUCCUUGUGGUGUGCUGUCAUAGUUAUGAUUAGAUGUUCUAACAGCUGGAGAAUUCAGCCUCUGCUUUUUCCUGGCUCCUAAUCAAAGUCGAUAGCAUGUGGAAAUUUAUUCUAUAUUGACAGAAUGCUGUCUCCACCAAGACUGCACCUUAAUUGUGGUGAAGGAAAAGCAGGAAUAUUGAAAUAUUUAAGAGAAUUUUUUUCUAGGCAGCAGUUUUUUUCAAUUGCAUAAGCAUUUUAGGAUGUUCUCUUUAAUUGUUUGACCUCUGUUCAAAAAAUAAUUCUAAUUCUAGUAAUUUCUAUAAUCAUAAUAUCUAGUUUUGAUUCAAACAUAAGUUACAUUUAAAGGAGAAAAUCCAUUUGAGCCAAGAGACACCUUUUCCUUUGUGAGAAAGGGUGGAUGGGUGAAGGAUGAUGCGAGUGACUACAAGUCUCAGUGGAGUUGUACAACAGCGUGCAUUGCACUACACUGAGAAAAGGUAGUGUGGGGGAUGUGUACUCUGCUGCUUUGGCAGUGAAAUGGAUCAUGUUUUGUGUUGCAACAAAAAGCUGAGAUUAUCAGGAUUUGAAUCAAUAAAAUACAUGCCACUAUUUUGGUAAUCUUACUGUUUGGUUUUGUCUUUUCUGUGUUUUGCUGAAAAGUAUGGGAGGCACCAUACCGCCUGCUCCAGCCAAUGCCUCCACAGAGGAGACAAGUAAGGGCAAAGCAGAGGAGCGCCCAGAGGAGCCGGUUAAAUCACCUGAACCAGAAAGUGAAGAGAGCGACUUAGAAAUUGAUAAUGAGGGAGUGAUUGAACCAGACAACGAUGACCAUCAAGAAAUGGGAGAUGAAAAUGUGGAGGUAACUGAAGAGAUGGUGGAUCAAGCUAAUGAAAAGAAGAUUGAAGCAAUAAAUGCUCUCAGUGAAGGGGACCUUCAGAAGGCUGUUGACUUGUUCACAGAUGCUAUCAAGCUGAAUCCUUGUUUGGCCAUCUUGUAUGCCAAGAGGGCAAGUGUUUUUGUGAAACUACAGAAGCCAAAUGCUGCCAUUAGAGAUUGUGACAGAGCCAUCAAGAUUAAUCCUGACUCUGCACAGACCUAUAAAUGGAGGGGGAAAGCACAUAGACUUCUCGGUCACUGGGAGGAGGCUGCUCAUGAUCUUGCAUUAGCUUGUAAACUGGAUUAUGAUGAAGAUGCAAGUGCCAUGCUGAAGGAGGUGCAGCCAAGAGCUCAGAAAAUUGCAGAACAUCGACGAAAAUACGAGCGGAAGCGGGAAGAAAAGGAAGUCAAGGAAAGAAUGGAAAGGGUGAAGAAGGCACGGGAGGAGCAUGAGAAAGCACAAAGGGAGGAAGAAGCAAGACGACAGGCAGGAGGAGCUCAGUUUGGUGGCUUCCCAGGUGGCUUCCCAGGUGGCUUUCCUGGGGCUGGAGGCAUGCCAGGAAUGGCAGGUAUGCCAGGACUCAAUGAGAUUCUCAGUGAUCCAGAGGUUCUUGCGGCCAUGCAGGAUCCAGAGGUUAUGGUUGCAUUCCAAGAUGUUGCCCAGAACCCAGCAAAUAUGUCCAAGUACCAGAGCAAUCCCAAGGUCAUGAAUCUCAUCAGUAAAUUGUCUGCCAAAUUUGGCAGUAAACCGUAAAAUCCCUUGUUCUUAAAAAUCAUAUCUGAAUGGCAAGGAUUGGAUUUGGCUAACCAGCGUUGCAAUAAAACAAACCAUUUUACCUCUGAUCUUCUUAAGAAGAGAAAUGGGGUGUUCUUCUAAGGAGAACUGCUCUCUCGCCCCAAGUAUUGACUUUAUUCAAUUAUUGGUGUAUAGAACUCAAAUUAUAUUCAGAUGACCUAGUUUUCAACCAUCCCUUCUUGUCCAACAGUUGCAACCUUUCAUCACAAGUAUUACAGACAGCUUCCUCUGAAUGAACAUUCUUAUAACAAAUUGUAGUAUUCCAGGAGUGUAAGAUAAAAAUAUGCCAUUUUUUAAAAUUGCUCUCACUGAGCAAAGGGGAAAAUACUUUAACAACUGAAGUCUAUCUUAAUUCCCUUAGGACAGAAAAAUAGCAAAGGUAGGAGAAGUCUGAAGAAUUAACUGGAUAAAGGAAUUGUCUGCAAAUACAAUUAUUUUUUUUUUUUAUGGAUGAUUGACUUUUUAGAGCUAUUAUCAGUGUAAUCAGGCUAGCUAGUUACACACUGGAACUUCUGGCAGUACUGCAAACACUGUAUCAUUUUGAUCACUAUAACUGUGCAGUAAAGUUUCAGUUCUACCCUUUGCACAACCUGGCAUGAAGUACAUAUUGUUGAGGCCACAGAUGUUACUUGUUCAGUUCUUGUCCAGCACCUUUACAUAACAUUUAAUUUAUCAGUCUAGGUAGGGAGAGCAGCUUCCUGUCUGUGCUUGUGCUCUUGUCCUUUCCCAGUUGGCAGGCCCUCUGCUGGUUGCAUUCACCCUUCCUUGGGGCUAUGCUUACCAGGUUGCAUCUAUUUGGAAACUUUAGGGAAGGAAUCUUGUUCCCAUCACUACCUCUGUCCCACUGAAUGCAAGCCAUCCAGAACAUGUACAUGCAGAGCUACAGAUCGGUGAAGGGGAGAGUACCCAACAAAAUUGCAGCUCUGGGUUCUGAAUUGGUUUGGGUCCUUACAUGCUCAGUGAUUAAAAUUUCUUGGUCAAAGUCCUGCUGUCUCUGUAGAGGUGAUGACUCUUCACCACAUUCUGUAGUCUUCCAUCUUUUCUUGUAGCCUCUUGUUUAAAAAAGAAAUAAAGUAUCUUGUUGUUGUGGUUUUAUACCUCCAUGGUUUUGAGGCUUGUGAUGCGGAGGAAAAGGUGAAGUAAUUGGAACAGACAGAACAUUCUUCUAACACGUGCAUUUAUCAGCAUGGGUAUCUUCGAAGCAGUGUCUGAAGCUGAUGACGUUCAGUGGGUUUGUCUACCAAUAAAGACAGUUGCUUCUGUUUGUCUUGGCUAAAACAUCUUUUAUGUGGAAAGAAUGACCAUAGUUACCUGUUCACCCCUUGAGUUUCAAGGUUUGUGUUAAUCUUUUGUAAUUCUGUAUCUUAAGCCAUAACUGAUGUUAACAUUUUUAAACAAAUCUGGUUUGAUGUAGGAACUCAACAGCAGUUGAAAAAAGUAAAUCCCCAAAUGCUUUUUCUCCUACUAAUGACCUGCACAGUGAAAUGUGAAUCUUUUUGCUUAAGAAAUACAGUUCUGAAUACUUCUCUUCGCCUUUAAAAAUAAAGUAUGGUUUUGAAAAACAC